AUGAAAAGGAGUAGAUUGACGAGAGAAGAGAAUGACGCGCGAAUUCGGGGCUAUGGAGUUCGUCUUUUGCCUGUUGAAAACGUCAAUGAUGGUAUUGAAGAAGAAACUGAAGAGGAAUUCGCGGGAAAUUUUGCGGACGCUGGAUGUGACGACUGGAUUCUUGAUCAUCUGUUCACCGAAGGGUGCGACUAUAACGGAACUGACGAGACCAUGGAAAUGCUGCCAAAAGAUAAUGUUUUCAGUGUUUAUCAGGAAUGGAAUAAUGGAGGAGAAAGAUUGAGUGCAGCGGAGUACGACUACUAUAAGGGAAUUGAUUUGGAAUUGGCGAUAUUGAAUAACAUUCGCUCAUGUUUUAUUAGAAAAGAAUUGGAUAUUGGAAAAACCGGACUUGUACUGUUGAACUUGGCUGCUAAGAUCGGAAGAACCGAGGAAGAAGGGAAAGAGAACUUUGGCAAACUUAUUGAAGAUGUCAAUGACUUCGUUCGGCUUGUUCAAGAUAAAAUGCAAAGACUCCUGAGAGCCAUGAACAAAACUCGACUUCAAGCGGUGGAACAAUUUGCAGCCAAAUGGCUAAAUGAUUUGAUUUUUUUGUAA